AGUCGCCGCCGGCCGCGCCGGCCCCUGCGCGCAGCGAUGAAUGAUUUUGGGAUCAAGAACAUGGACCAGGUGGCCCCCGUGGCUAACGGUUACCGGGGGACCCUCAAGCGCCAGCCAGCCUUUGACACUUUCGAUGGGUCCCUUUUUGCUGUUUUCCCCUCACUAAAUGAAGAGCAAACACUCCAAGAAGUGCCAACAGGCUUGGAUUCCAUUUCUCAUGACUCGAGCAGCUGUGAAUUGCCUUUGUUAACUCCGUGCAGCAAGGCUGUGAUGAGUCAGGCCUUAAAAGCUACCUUCAGUGGCUUCAAAAAGGAGCAGCGUCGCCUUGGCAUUCCAAAGAACCCUUGGCUGUGGAACGAGCAACAAGUAUGCCAGUGGCUUCUCUGGGCAACCAACGAGUUCAGCCUGGUGAACGUCAAUCUGCAGAGGUUCGGCAUGAAUGGCCAGGUGUUGUGUAACCUUGGCAAGGAGCGCUUUCUGGAGCUGGCACCUGACUUCGUGGGCGACAUUCUCUGGGAACAUCUGGAGCAGAUGAUCAAAGAAAACCAAGAAAAGACAGAAGACCAAUAUGAAGAAAAUUCACACCUCCACUCGGUUCCUCACUGGAUUAACAGUAAUACGUUAGGUUUUGGCGUGGAGCAGGCGCCGUACGGCGUGCAGACGCAGAACUACCCUAAAGGCAGCCUCCUGGACGGCAUGUGUCCCGCGUCGGUGCCCAGCAUGCUCAGCUCCGAGCAGGAGUUUCAGGUGUUCCCCAAAUCUCGGCUCGACCCCGUCAGCAUCAGCUACUGCUCCCUCAGGCAGGACUUCCCGGCCGGCAACUUGAGCUUGCUCGCCAACAGUUCCGGGAAGCCCAAAGACCACGACUCCUCCGAGAACGGCGCCGACAGCUUUGAGAGCUCGGACUCGCUGCUGCAGUCCUGGAGCAGCCAGUCGUCCUUGCUGGAUGUGCAGAGGGUGCCUUCCUUUGAGAGCUUCGAAGACGACUGCAGCCAGUCUCUCUGCCUCAAUAAACCGACCAUGUCCUUCAAGGAUUACAUCCAAGAGAGGAGCGACCCAGUGGAGCAAGGCAAACCAGUUAUUCCUGCAGCUGUGCUGGCCGGCUUCACGGGAAGCGGACCUAUUCAGCUGUGGCAGUUUCUCCUGGAGUUGCUCUCAGACAAAUCCUGCCAGUCGUUCAUUAGCUGGACAGGGGACGGCUGGGAGUUCAAGCUUGCUGACCCCGACGAGGUGGCCCGCCGGUGGGGAAAGAGGAAAAAUAAGCCCAAGAUGAACUACGAGAAGCUCAGCCGGGGCUUGCGCUACUAUUACGACAAGAACAUCAUCCAUAAGACGUCAGGGAAGCGCUAUGUUUACCGCUUCGUGUGCGACCUCCAGAACUUGCUGGGGUUCACGCCCGAGGAACUGCACGCCAUCCUGGGCGUCCAGCCCGACACGGAGGACUGAGGUCCCCGGGGCCACCCUGAGCCGGCCCCAGGCCCGUGGACUGUGAGCGGGAAGCUCAUCUUGACUGACUGCUCCAAGGACGCAGGGAAGGCGGGUUUGAAUAUGUCCAGGAGGUCGCCAAGAAGCCACGGCCUCUUUCAUCCCAAACCUUGCCUCUCGACGGGGCUGUCUCUGCCGUGGCAGAGUCAGCACAGCUGCUGAGCGUGACGUGCAGGUGCUGCUCACCUUCCUCUUCGGGGAGGGCGGUGGAGGCCGCGGCGCGGGGAGCCAUCCGGCUCCAGCCUGGCCGUGGGGCGGGACGGUGCUGGCUGUUGGAGACUUUCAAAGGAGCGAGCUGUCAUGGACAUGGGCAAAUUUUCUUUUGCCUUUUGCAACCAAGAACAGCAAACCCAAAAGCUGCCUCUUUGUUCGAGAGGAGUAGGAGGAUGGGAAGGAAACAACCAUGCCAUUUCAGAAUUUAGUUUGUAUAUAUUAUUAUAAUCUUAUAAUUGUCCUCAGAAUCCUUUAACAGUACUAUUUAACAAAAAUUGUAUAUUGUAAUUUAAAAUAAUUAUAUAACUGUAUUUGAAGUAAGAAUGCAGACAUCCAAUGUUUUAUUUCAUUUUUCAGUAGCACAUAACGGCAUUUUACAAAGAUUUAAUCUGCCAAGUGCAGACUAAGAAAAGUAAAGUGUGUAUUUACAUUUAAUAUACCUGCAGGAAUAAGAUCGAAGACAGGUAAUCCCUGCUUUUUGUGUUUCGUGGAUUUUUUGCCUUGGUUAUCUGGCAAGGACUUUCCUUGUACAUUUGGGAAUUUUUACAAGAAACCUAAUGUUAUUAUCGGGGGGUACAUCUGGCCUCUCUGCUUUCUUCUUUAAUUGUAAAGCAAAAGCUAUAAAGCAGUAUUUUUCUUGACAAAUGGCAUAUGUUUUCCACUUCUGUGCAUGCCUUUAAAGCCAGUUUGUACACAAAGCAUAUUUUAUUUUUUAGUGUAACUGUUUCCCCAGCAACUCACCUCUCCUGACCAACCAGCCAUUUCCUUCCUGUGCCCCAAGUUAUUCUGUAGGAUUAAAAUAAGAAUACUAUUUUUGGAAAUAUGCGACUCCUUUUCAGAGAUCAGGAGGGAUUUAUGUAGCAGCUAUUUUUACUGCAAAAGUAAUUCACUGGAGAAAAAAAAAGUAAUUUGUAAGAAAGCUUUAUUUUUAUCUCAGCUCCAUGUAAAGUGAAACGUAUUAUACAGAGCUGAGGACGGGGGUGGGGCAGGGUCUUCAUUAAACCUCUUGAGCAAAGCACCAUUUGUCCGUCUUUGUUCACCUGUUGUGUCUCAGACUGUCCGGAUAGCCCGCUGCCCUUUUCUGCUCUGUGUCACAGCAAGAGCUUUUUUUGUUUUUCCUUAUUUUCUUGGACAUAGAAUACCCAGAGGCACAGAGAGGGUACACAGAUGGGAAAGAGUGCAUUGGGGUCAUUCAUUUGGAGAAAGUGUUUUGAUGGAUAUAAGAGACUUUUUCAGUUGAGUCGUGUAUUCCUGGCCUUCAUACAUGAUCCAGUCAAGUUGGCUUCAAAGCCAGGUAGGCUUUUCCUACUUACUAGCCGUGUGGCCUUGGACCAGUGGCUGGGCUGAGGUAUCUGAAGUUAGUGUCAUGUGAUGAGACUGAGAAAUCGGGUGGCAGGGCCAGCUGGGGAGCACAGCCAGGACUGGGACCACUCGGCCAAAAUACCCACAGAAGACAGUUCCCAGUAUAUUUAAGCACAGGAUGUUUUUCUCAAGUGGGACCUAUUUAUCACUUGGACAUCUGUUUAUAAUAUAAACAGACAUGUGACCGGGAACAUCUUGUAGCCGGAAGAAAUCAUGGCCAUCGUCUCAUUUUAUGUGAGGUUGAACUGCAUGAAAUUGCCAGACUGGGUUUUUAUGUACAAAGAUGGCAGUUUCAUGGGGUUCAGUCUAAUAGUUACGGGAACCGAAGUCCUUAUAAACCUUUGGCAUGAUAAUGAACAGAUCUGCAGUAUAAAAUGUUUGUAACUCCGCCUUUUCUUUCUCGAAUAAUAAAGUAUUUUGUUUAUA